CUCUCCACUCUCUCUCUCUCUCACCGUCUCCCUCAGCACUCUCCCUCUCUCUCAUCAUUCUCCUUCUCCUGUCUCUGCGGCUCACACACACUCAACGAUUGCAUCACAACUCCCCUCACAUACAUUGAAUACGUACAAGUGAGCAGCAUGGGACUGUGAGGAGCAGCUCUGCUGGCAGCUUUUCCAUUCAAGUCAUCUGAUAGCGAGCGGACCGGGAGACCUCAGUGGAGGGACAGACAGCAGCAGCAGGACUGAAGCAGCUGCAGGUGGAUGGACGGAUGGAUGGAUGGGUAAAGGGGUCAUGCAGCAGUAACCACGGCAACGUUGCCGGCGUAAGGGCACGGGGACUCUGCAAGGAUGGGAUCUCGGCCGCAGCCCCCCAACCUGCAGCAGGAGGAGGGCAGGCUGCUGCACGCCGCCUUGGUGGAGCAGGAGGAGGACGAGGAGGAUGAGGGGGGCUCCGAGGAGAGCAGCAGCGACGGCACCAGCCGGGCAGAACCGGUGACGGUGCCCACCUUUGACGUCCCCUACUUUCGCUACAUAGAUGACGAGGGGACGGAGGGAGAGGAGGAGUGGAGCAGCAGCCGCUCUCUGUCCUCUAUUGAGGAGGACUCGUCCACUGACUCUGUCGUGUCUGAUAGGUACGUGGUCGUAUCAGGGACCCCUGAGAAGAUCCUGGAGCAUCUGCUGAGUGACCUGACGCUGGACGAGGACCGAGGGACGACGCAGGGCAAAGAGUCAGAUACACUUCUGGAUGACUUUCUGCUAACCUACCCAGUGUUCAUGUCCACCAGUGAUUUAUGUCAAGCUCUACUGGGCCACUAUUGCACCAAGCGGCACAGAGGCAAAGAGGACCGGAAAGAGGCUCUGGAGAGGAAACAAAAACUCCUGCACCUGGUGUCGCAGUGGAUGUCUCUCUGCAAAGACUUCCUGAGAGAAGACGAGCACGUCAAACUCUUCAUGAAGACUUUGUAUCGUUACGUGUUGGAGGAUUCCUACGAACACCCAGCCCUGGAGAAGGAUGUGGGGGAGCUGCAGAAGCUCUACCAGCUGCACCGCAGACAUACGGUGGAUGAAUAUUCCCCUCAAAGAAAGAGCAAAGCGCUUUUCCACCAAUUGAGCCUGAAAGAGAACGGGCUGCAGUCCAGAAGCACACAGAGGGAGACCAAGGAAGUGCUGUGCCAGGUGUACAUCACCAUGGACUCAUACCUAAGCAUGAGGGUCCAUGCUGGAGUAGUGGCCCAGGAGCUGGUGCAGGCAGCGGCUGAACAGAUGGAUGUUCCCCACGGGGAACUGGUGCUUGUGGCCGUCACUUAUCCUGGAGGUAGACUCCUGCUGCAGCCUCAGGACAGAGUUUUCUCCAGUUCUUUACGGUCGGUGGGGCGACUGCAUGUCUGCAGGAAGGAUCUCGGUGAAGUUCUGAACCCAUUCACAGAUAACUCAGAGCUGCAACAGAGAACAGCUCGUAUGCUGAGUUUAAACACAUGGGAUGUUGCUGUCGCUCUCACCGACUUCGACCGGACAAUUUUUGACUCGAUGCACGAGCAAGAACUGGUCUACUUCAUCUUCAACCGUCAUGUAACCGGUAACCACACGAUGGCUUUAGAGCUGCUGCUGCAACGCUGCAAUGAAGUGCAGCUGUGGGUGGUGACUGAGGUGCUGCUGUGCUCAACACUCUGCAAAAGAGUCCAACUCAUCAAGAAGUUCAUCAAGAUCGCUGCACACUGUAAGGCUCAGAGGAACCUCAACUGCUUCUUUGCCAUUAUAAUGGGCCUGAAUGCUGCAGCUGUUGGCCGCCUCAGUCAGACAUGGGAGAAAAUACCUGGGAAAUUCAAAAAGCUGUUUUCAGAGCUAGAGACAGUUACAGAUCCCUCGCUGAACCACAAGGCCUACAGGGACUCCUUCAAGAAGAUGAAGGCUCCAAAGAUUCCCUUUCUUCCUCUGCUACUAAAAGAUAUUACAUUCAUUCACGAGGGCAACAAGACAUUUCAUGACAACCUGGUCAAUUUUGAAAAGCUGCACAUGAUAGCAGAAAUGGCGCGGCUCAUCCGACAGUGUCAGAAAGAUCCCAUGGGAAAUGCAAUCCCCCAGAAGAGCAGCUCAGACGUGCGAGCCUACAUCGACUCCCUUCACAUAAUCGACAAUCAGCAGACUCUGUUCGAACUGUCACACAGGCUGGAACCUCGAGCUUAGAGAACAGCUCCUACUGUUCUUCCCACUGUGUCAGCCGCUACGUCGGAUCGCCAAGGAACAACCUGUCGCUGUCUCAUCUUUCUAUCUCUCAGGACUCGGUCAGCAAUCACGGGAACUCUGCAUGAUCUUGGCCGACCACAGGAGGGAGCCAUGCAAUCAGGAGACGCUCACCAGAGGCGAGCAGGAAAAGACACGUCUUCGGUUAAAUGCAUAAAUGUUUGCAGAGAUCCACAACAGUGUCGCUCAUCCAAAGCACCUAAAAGCAGUCGCAGCCAAUAACACCCAACUGCAGUGCCGGAAGUUUAACUCCACCUUAUGGUGCAGCAACAGCAGCAGUUUUGAGCGGCAGACAUUUAUCAAUAUGCAUUAGUCUGAGUAUCCAAAUCCAAUGUUUUGUGUCUGGAGCAAGAGGAUGUUACAGCUUCAGGACCACAAUUGUAAAACUGCAUUUUUAGGACCUUUGUUUGUUGCAACAGCGCCACCAACUAAAGGGGAUGAUUGCUACAGUGUGCAACUGAUAGUUUUAGAUGUUUACCACACCCAAAACGCUACUUUGUCUCCAAGAAUUUACAGUUUUAAAGGUUUAACCAACUCAAAUAGUACUUUCUAACUUAUGAGUUAUGGUUUUCUAGGUUUAUUCCAUCAAAAAAUGCUACUUUGUGACCCCGUAAUUAUAGUGUUAAAGGUUUACUCAACCCAAAUAUUACUUUCUAACAGACAAGUUAUGCUUUGAAAGGCUUAUUACACACAAAAUACUACUUUCUGACUACGUAAAUAUACAGAUUUAAAGCUUUAGUUAACUAAAAUAGUACUUUCUAACAGAGUUGUGGUUUAAAGGGUUUAUUUCAUCCAAAAUACAACUUUCUGUGCAAGUAUUUAUAGUUUUAUGGGUUUGUUUCUCCCAAAUAGUACUUUCUAAUGAACAAGUUACAGUUUAAAUGGUUAUCACACUCAAAAUACAACUUUCUGUCCAAAUACUUAUAGUUUUAAAGGUUUAUUCCAUCCCACAAUCUCUCUAGUUAGUUUGUUUUUAAUGUCUUUGUGCGAGAAAAGUCAGCUUCCCUUAGAGUAAAUAAGUAGUUGCUAUGUUUUCUGGCCCAAAAAGAUAUAAAUGAAAAACAAGGGCCCUAGAAAUGUGGUCCUUCAACUGUUAUAAUGGAAAUGUAGCCUCCUCUGCUGCAGACACUCCUUUCAGCAGGGACAGGAACAAACAGCAAAAGGAAAAAUGCAUAUAUAUUUGCAUAGAUCCAUGAAUAUGCACCUGAAGGCAGUUCCAGCCAAUACAAUCGAACCACAGUGCCACAAGUUUAACUGCUACAACAGCAGCAGACGUUUAUCAACACGCCUAAAUCUGUGGGUCCAAAACUGCUUCUGCUGUUGUUCCUUUUUCAUCCUACAGAUGGCAGAUGUCAGCAAAUACAGAGCUGAUUUAACCGUGACACUACAGUAAAAAGCUCCCCUUUGUGGAGAAGCUUCCAUCUAAUCAAACGCUGUAGAAAACAAAUACAGUAUGUGUGAAUAAUUCCUACUCAUUAGGUCCCAUUAGAUCAGAAAAUACAGAUUGGCUUAUGACACAUCUUCUUCAGACAGUGUUCAUCAGAGAUCUGGCUACUUCAUCAGAUUUAACCAAAGAACAACUCCGGCUAAGAAAAUCCUUCACACACACACUCCUGUGUUCUCGACACAAAAUCCACAUGUUCUCGUUGCCAGAUGUCAGACUCCUGAAGUGAAUCACUACACCGUAUGCACAACAAGCUGAUGUCUUACUGAAAUCAAGAUGACAGAAAUAGUGAAAAUGAUUGUUAAAUAUUCAACUCAUUUUCCUUGUGUAUUUUUUCAUUGCAGAACUCUCUUACCAUACAGUAUUUUUAUUAUGUAACCAUAAAGUGCAGUGUAUUAGAUGAGACAUACAGAGUGUAUUAGUGAGGAAACUAGAGGUGAAUAUAUGGUUGACUGUAUUUUAAAAGCGUGUGAGCUAUAAUUAUGUAUGUCAGUGCCAAAUCCCAUAAAAACAGCCAUUCAAAUUGAUGCUAAUUGCUCCCCUUUUCAAAGGAUCUCCAUCUAUGUAGUUGAGCUGUGGACAAUCAGUUAAUGAAGAAGCACCUAUACUAUUACAUCACUGUAUUUGGUCUUCAGAGUUCAUAUUUAAACAAAAAACUACUUUUUUUUCUCAUAUUUUGUCUGAUUAACCGCUUAGAUGAUUUUGGUUUGUGGUACUCAGAGAAAUUAGCAUUUAAAAACAUAACUGGUCACUUUUAUCUUGAUAAAUAUAUAACUUUUAUUAUGUUUUUUGGGGGGGGUUAAAUGUCCAUGUUAGUUAAGAGCAACAGCUAAAUCAAACACUACAGCACCUUCUGGACAAAAACAAGUAGAGACAGCUGAAGAAAAACAGAAGCCAUUUGCUCCUGUGCUGUGUGUAGUAACACUAUUGUUAAGUUAUUGUCAGAUUAAGUUAGGCCAACUUAAAAAGGCAUUGUGAAGUGUUGUAGAUGGAAAAUUGCAUUGUAUUUUUGACCUUUUAUUUGCCUAUUUUUUAAUUUAAAGCCCACAGUCAUGAUCUUCUUUGAACUUUUAUCAUCAACAAUGUACAGUUGAUUCUAUUUAUACUGUGUAUAUAUGUUGAAAUUGAGGAUAUGGAUAUUUAUUUCCUUCAGAAUUAUUUAUUUGCUCUAUAAAUACUUAUUUCAGUUCAAUGUUGGUUUUUUUUGUACGCACCAUUUCGGCUGGUCUGCAUGAUAUGUCGAACCAUGGACUGACCACCAGUGUCAACUGUGCAUGCAAUAAAACAUUUUUCAUCAUCA